AUGUCGCGUCAGCCAUGCGCAAGUAUCCGCCCGAAUCCUUCUCCAUUCACUGCUAAGGUACGUACCACCUCUAACCCCCUCGCCCUCUCUCCCCGUCGCCCUCUCACCUCCUCGCCCCUUCGCCCCCUGCGCCCGCAACCCCGCGUGAUUCUUGAGUCAACUCUGGCCGUUCACCCCUCCCUUAGAUCCCUUCCUCCCAACCGCAUUCAUGCAGAUGGCGACGUGUGCAGGAAUGACGUGGUGCUCUUCAAGCAGUGCCUCUUCAAAGGGCACAAGAGAACCUGUCCGGGGUGUCUUCAAGUGGCGGGGCGGGUGAUCAUCGAGAGUUACGGCGAAUUGAAGCAGCAGCACACCUUCACUGUGGAAGUGCUCUGGAGCUCGGGCUUGCAGCCUUUGCCGCCACUCAAGCAGCACAUGCUGAAGGGGAGAAAGCUGUACGGGUUUUCAACGCACCGCCAGCCUAGGAGCAACGAGGCGGAGAGGGUUGCUGUACUGGAAGAGAAGCACGCUAGAGGAGGCGCAGCUUGCACCGUUCGCAACGUGCGCAAGGAGAGGGUUCGGGUGGAGAGGCGAGCAGCUUCCUCAGUGGUUCCUCACUCUCUGUUCUCCCCUGCCCUUUUACAGCCUUGGCCCAACGAAGCGGAGAGAAUCGCAGUGCUGGCCGAAAAACACGCGAGGGGAGGCGCAGCUCGCAGUGUUCGCAGCGUGCGCAAGGAGAGGGUUCGGGUGGCGAGGCGCGCAGCAGCACGGAAGGCCGCAGGAGAGGUAGCUGUGGAAGAAAAGUGUCAUUCUCCUCAAUGGAUCCCCAUUCUCUGUUGUUCCCCCCCAUGCGUGCAGCCUUGGCCAAACGAGGCGGAGAGGGUGGCAGUCCUGGCUGAAAAACACGCGAGGGGAGGCGCAGCUCGCACCGUUCGCAACGUGCGCAAGGAGAGAGUUUGGGUGGAGAGGCGUGCAGCAGCACGGAAAGCAGCAGGCGAGGCAGCUGUGGAAGCUGCCGCGAAGGCGCUGCAAGGGUUGGUGAUAGGGGGGCUGGUAGGUGCAGGGCGUGGGAGCGAAGGGCGGGCAGUGGAGGCGCGUGAACGGGCAGUGGAACAUGCUGUGGGGAAAUCAGGUGGUGUUGAGAAUGAUGCAGCUGCACGGAGAGUGGAACGGGCAGCUGAAGAGGCGAGAGCAGCUGAAGCGGAGAGAGCAGCUGAAGCGGCGAGAGCAGCUGAAGAGGCGAGAGCAGCUGAAGAGGCGAGAGCAGCUGAAGAGGCGAGAGCAGCUGAAGAGGCGAGAGCAGCUGAAGAGGCGAGAGCAGCUGAAGAGGCGAGAGCAGCUGAAGCAGCAGCAGCAGCGAUGCAGCAACUGGCGAUACGAGGAGUAGUGGGUGGUGCAGCUGGGGUGACUAGGACCAAAGGUCGAGGCAACCAAGCAAGAAAAGGAAAAGGUCCAAGAAGUUUCCGUCAGACCAACAACGGGAAUGAGAGGGAGGAGUGGGAGAGGAGCCGAGAGCCUGCGACAACCAAAACGCCCUUGGGCAGUCAGCCAGUGAACGUGAGAGCAGUGAGAUGUGACUCAAGGGACAGGGAGAUACUGAAGCGGGAGAGGGCACGCGUGGGGAAUGAGAAGGGGCGGGGAGCUGAUGCAGUGGCGGGGAAUGGCAGUCGUGUGGAUUCAGGCGGGGGUGUGGAGCACCGUGGGGGUGCUGCUGUCCCGGGUAUUGCUGGCCGCUCUGCUGUGCCAGGCGCUGUGCUGGUUGCUGCGGCAACUGCCCUUGCUGCUGCUGCUGCUGCUGCUGCGCCUGCUGCUGCUGAUGGUGCUGCUGCUGGUGCUGCUGCUGUUGCUGUUGUCGCUGUUGUUGUUGCACCUGCUGCUGUUGCUGUUGCUGCUGCUGCUGCUGCUGCUGCUGCUGCUGCUGCUGCUGCUGCUGCUGCUGCUGCUGCUGCUGCUGCUGCUGCUGCUGCUGCUGCUGCUGCUGCUGCUGCUGCUGCUGCUGUUGCUGUUGCUGCAUGUGCUGUUGCUGUUGGUGCGGUUGCUGCUGCUGGGUGUCUUGUUGUCGUUGCUGAGAAUAACCCAUCGCUCUCCCUCUCCCUCCUCUCCCUCCCCUCGAUCCCCUCCCACCUCGCCCUCUCCCUCCCUCCCCGCCACCUUGCCCCUGGGGACACCUGA